CCCCGAGGGGCCUCGGCCUCCGGGCCCUCAUUGGUCCGGACAGGCCUGAAAGCCUCCAUUGAGCCAGUCGGGAGGAAUUUGGGGCCCUGACGCCGCUCUGAGAGGAGGAGGAGGAGGAGGAGGAGGAGGAGGACGACACUCAACCAGCCGACGGCUCGCUUCAGGAGCUCCUCCCCGGUGUCCGCAGCCCGCUCCCUGUGCCGUACCGACGCUCCACAGACUCCACGUUGACAGAACUCCAGCGGUCCAUCAUGCCUCGGGCGAAGGUGUCGGGGUCCCGCGGGGGGGCGGUGCUGAGCGCGCUGCUCGUGUGCGGCUUCAUCUGCGACUUCGCUCUUUGUCAGGAUGACCCCCACCAGCAGAGGACCGCUCCUCCCGGGAGGAAGCCCAGCAAACCCAAAUCAACCCACAAAGGGCCCCGAGCCGGGACCGCCAAGCCCAGGAUCAGAGCCCCGGCUCCGACGGUCCUCACACAGGUGCUGACCAGAGGGAGGUUCAAGAAGGUGGGCGACUCCAUCCGCGUGCAGGCGGGGGGCGCCUUGGCGCUGAGGUGUCGGGGCCGGCCCGUAAGGUGGAGCGUCCCCAAGUACCUGGAGGAGGACGACGAGGGGCGGCUCAGGCUGGUCCAACACGAGCGGUACGGCGCUCUGACCCUGGUGAACUCCACCGGUGCCGACACGGGGCGCUACACCUGCUACCCCUCCACCUGUGAAGACACCGACUGCAGGAAGGACUACGACGGAGCCGUGUCCGUCUUCGUGUUCUUCCCCGAUCCCCGGGAGCUGUUCGUGCCGUCGUCGGAUUACUACCAGGCCGUCCAGCUGAGGACCAACUGGCCCACGCUGCUCCCCUGCCAGGUGACGUCGCCCGACGCCACGGUGACGCUGCACCGGGAGUUCCCCCCGGCGGAGGUGGCGGUGGACGGGUCGGAGAUCUCCUUCCACGUGCAGAGGGGCUUCACGGUCCACCGGCCGCGGCCGCAUCACGCCGGAGCGCUGUUCUGCGUGGCCAGCCUGGGCGGCCUGAGGCAGAGCUCCACCACCUACAUGCUCAUCUACGUGCACUACCCGGCGGCUCCUCCGGCUCCGGUGGUCCAGGCCUCCUCGGGCUCCGUGGCCAUGGGGGAGAACCUCCGAGUCAGCUGCUCCGCGGUGGGGGAACAGGACGUGGUCGUGGAGUUCACCUGGGAGUACCCCGGACAACAGAUCGGCCGGCCUCUGUACACCCAGGAGAGCGUCGGUCCGGUGGGGGGAGGGGCGGCUCGGCAGCAGGCCCAGUCCGUCCUCCUGGUGGACGAGGUGAGGGCCGUGGACCAGGGGUUGUACACCUGCACCGCCCACAACCUGCAGGGAGCCAAGUCGGUGUCCACCGCCGUGAAAGUGGUCCCCAAGGCCAAAGUCAGGAAACCAUGAGCACCUGAGGAGGCGGAGCUCAGGAGUAACGUGUUCUACCUGUGUGGUUAUGAGACACGAGGGCCAGAACCAGCUGUGAUGAUCAUGAAGCAGAUGUUUCAUUCUUCUUUGAGUGAGAUGUUAUUUCUAUAUUUGAUGCUCUUUUCUUAAUUUUGUGAUAUUUAGUGACAUUUAUUUUGUGCUAAUUAUGUUGAUGAAUAUUGACAUUACAUUUUGAUGAUCACAAUUAUUUGUUGUGAAUAACUUCAUCACUGAAUUUUGAUAGAAAUGUACAGAAAAAGACCGAAAAUAAUUUGUCAGUUGUUUAUUUUAUUUGUUUCAAACUGUUGGAUGAAAUAAAUGUGAUGACUCUUUGAUCUCUUGGAAACUCGGUUUACUUUCACUAAAUUGAAACAGAACAGCUAAUAAAAUGUAAAUAUUUAUAAUAAAAAUAAAUGUUGCAGCGUUACAGA